UAGAUAUCAUCUGCUAAUGGCAUCAAAAGCUUUUCUCUCUUUUACAUAUUUAACUUUCAUUUUUCUUGUUUCUGUUCUUUCUCAUCCAACUUCAGCACACAGACACUUGAAAGAUGAAAAAUUAUCUGGUUUUGGUUUUCUUAAGCAUCUUCAAGGAUGCCAUAAGGGAGACAAAAUUAAAGGCAUUCAUGAUCUCAAAAACUACCUCCACAAUUUUGGCUAUUUGAGCAACAAAAAUCAAUCACAUUCCACCAGUGAUGAUUUUGACGAUCUUUUAGAGUCCGCUGUCAAAACAUACCAACUCAACUACCAUUUAAAUAUCACCGGUUACUUAGAUUCCGAAACGGUAUCAAAGAUGACUACACCUAGAUGUGGAGUUGCAGACAUCAUCAAUGGGGAAACACGAAUGGAAUCCGGCAAGAAAAACCGCCACCACAACUCCACAUCUUUCCACACAGUCUCUCAUUUUUCUUUCUUUCCUGGAAACCCUAAAUGGCCAGCCUCAAAAUACUCUCUCACCUACGCCUUUCUUCCGGGAACUCCAAAUCAAGCUAUGAAUCCCGUUUCAAAAGCGUUUCAAACAUGGGCAGGCAAUACCCAUUUUAGGUUUUCUAGGGUUCAAAAUAAUGCAGAUAUUAAAAUAGGGUUUGCCAGUAGAAAUCACGGAGAUGGGUCUGCUUUUGAUGGGCGCGGCGGAGUUAUUGCUCAUGCUUUUGCACCUCGAGAUGGAAGGUUCCAUUAUGAUGGUGAUGAGCGAUGGGCAGUUGGGGCAACUCAAGGUGCUAUGGACUUGGAAACUGUCGCAUUGCAUGAAAUUGGCCAUCUUCUUGGACUUGGACAUAGUUCCGUUGAGGGUGCUAUUAUGGCUCCUACAAUUUCUAGCGGUGUUACUAAGGGUUUACACAGAGAUGAUAUUCAGGGAAUUCGAGUUUUGUAUAACAUAUGAAAGCGGUAUAUUUUCUUAAUGUUUACAACCGGGAAUAAUUGGGAUAUUCUUGUUAUGAAAGUAUAGAAGUUAAUUGUAUGACAUUAUGUAGAAUGUUACUUA